AUGAUGAUGUACCUUCAGUGCUUGGGCUUCUCCCCGACCCAUGCUGCCAGCUUGCUGACGGUGAUGUCAGUUGGACGCAUUUGUGGUAGCCUUCUUGGAGGAUUCCUGGGUGAUCGCUUUGCUUCUUGGUCUCCUCUGCAUGGGCGUGCGCUGGUGGGGCAGAUGUCGAUUGUGCUCGGAGCGAUCCCACUGUGCUGGGUGCUGUGGUUCUACCCACGUGCAGGAAGCCCUACACCAGUGCUCGCUGCGGCCCUGUUUUCGUUUUCGCUCCUGGCACUGUGGUGCAAUCCAGGCGUCGACCGGCCACUUUGGUCAGAGUUGGUGCCAGCUUACUGUCGUGGCAAGAUCAUCGGUUGGUGGAGGACGAUAGCUGAGACCUGUGGCACCAUCUUUGGAGGGCCAUUGGUGGGCUACAUUUCCGUGGCCAUCCUGGGCUACAAGCCUAGCCAGGACCUCCAGCAAGGGAAUGCCGAGUCCCUGGGUACUGCGAUGUUGGUCUGCACCAUGCUCCCAUGGGCUUUUUGCUUGUGUUGCUACUCGGCCAUCCACUGCACCUACCCUAAGGAUUGCCGGAGCGAGGUGAGCCGACUUCUGCCAAAGAGUUGA